GUGAAGGAAGCUGGGCGCCAUGUUGGCUCGGUACACACUACACCUCAAUCAGAACGAGACUAUGCCGCGAGGACGGCCUCGCAAACACCGGGAGAACCCCGACAAUCUUACAGCAGCAGAAGGGGUGCAGGGUGAAAGCGUGAGCAGUGUUGAACAGCGGUGCAACAUCUGUACGCAAACCUACAGCUCAGAAGGUCAACUCCUCAAACACCUUAGAGAACAUGAAGCUAAUGACAAGCCUUAUCGGUGUGAUGAGUGCUCCCAGUCAUUUAACGUGGAGUUUAAUCUCACACUGCACAAGUCAACUCACAACACAACCGAACCCACCUGCCCCGUAUGUGAAAAAAGGUUUUCACGCGUCGCCAGUCUUAAAUCUCACAUCAUGGUGCACGAAAAAGAGGAGAACCUGCUGUGCUCAGAGUGUGGAGAUGAGUUUGUUCUGCAGAACCAGCUAAAUCUGCACCUAGAGGAACAUCGAAGGGAACUUGCAGGAAGCCAAAUUUAUAGCUGCAGAACCUGUAAUGCAGAGUUUUCCUCAGCCAGUCAACUAAAAGAACAUUCCCGCACUCAUGGCAAGAUCAAACCGAUCAUGAGCUGUUCAAGGAACUAUAAGAAAAACAUCGACCGCAGUGGCUUUACAAACACCUGCCAUCACUGCGGCAAAACAUUUAAAAAACCCAGCCAGCUCGUCCGACACAUCCGCAUCCACACAGGCGAGAGGCCCUACAAGUGUACACACUGCGGUAAGGCCUUUAACCAGAAGGUGGUGCUGCAAACUCACAUGAUCCGUCACACUGGAGAGAAACCACACCUUUGCAUGCUCUGCCCCGCCUCCUUUUCCCAAAAAGGAAAUCUACAGUCACAUGUGCAGAGAGUGCACGCUGAGACGGCAGGCGUGGCUGUGUACCCCUGUAUGGACUGCAGCUGUGUGUAUAAGAAACUGGGCAGCCUUAACGCUCACAUUAGCAAAAUGCACAUCUCCAUGAUGGAGGUGGAGGAAUCAACUAUCACACAGGAGGGGGCGGAACCUGUGCAGGAAGGGGGCGGGGCAGAGGGAGCGGAAGGUGUGACAGAUGUGAUACAGCAGCUGCUGGAACUUUCAGAACAGGUAACAAGCGACAGUACACAGGCUCCUCCCCCGGGACCACCCAUCGUUAUGGAGACAGCUAUCAAUCAGGACAUCCUACAGCAAGCUUUGGAAAACAGCGGACUAAGCGCUUCAAUGCCAGUUCAGUCAGCGACCCAGGGUGGUGCUGCAGUUCCUACCCUCACCACAGUGGGUGCCAAUACUCACCCCACCCCAAAACAUAGUACAGCAUCCAAACUGCUGAAGAAGGAGAAGAGAAACAUCUUUAAAAAGACGGAGCAGAUCCCAGGUACCAUCAGGGAAGAGUGUGGGGUGCGUUGGCAUGGGUGCCCGUACUGCUGUAAGGAAUUUAAGAAGCCAAGCGACCUGGUGCGUCACAUCCGGAUUCACACACACGAGAAACCGUACAAGUGUGCACAGUGUUUCAGAGCUUUUGCUGUAAAAAGCACCCUUACCGCCCACACCAAAACUCACACUGGGAUCAAAGCCUUUCAGUGUACACACUGCCGAAAAAGCUUCUCCACCUCUGGUAGCAUGAAGGUGCACAUGCGACUGCACACAGGUGUGCGUCCAUUCCCAUGUCCUCACUGUGAUAAGAUUUUUAGGACGUCAGGACACAGGAAGACUCACAUUGCCUCUCAUUUCAAAAACCUGCAACAGAAGAAACACAAAUUCACUCGUAAACCCAACCGUGCCCGCUCUGCCAAGCACAGCCUACCCCUGCCAGACAUCCAGCUCCAGGAACCCAUCCUCAUCUCUGAUAUGGGACUAUUACAGAAUCCGACCCCCCGUGCAGCAUUGCAGCAGUAUUUAAACAUUGUGGAGAGCGAUCGGCCCUUCAAAUGCACAUUCUGUAACAAGGCCUACAAGAAAUCCAGCCACCUCAAACAGCACGUCAGGUCCCAUACAGGAGAGCGACCAUACAGGUGUGUGCAGUGCAGUAAGGAGUUUGCAUCAUCAGGGGUGUUGAAGGCUCAUAUCCGAACCCACUUGGGGCUGAAGGCGUAUAAAUGUCUACAGUGUGACACCACCUUUACUACCAGUGGCAGUCUACGCCGUCACAUGACCACCCACAGUGACCUUCGACCCUACAUGUGUCCUUACUGCCAAAAAACUUUCAAAUCUUCCCCAAACUGCAGAAAGCACAUGAAGACCCACAGGUAUGAACUAGCUCAGCAGCUCCGACAGCCACAGGGUUUAUCUGAAGCACCGCCUCUAGAUGACCCAAUGGGCAGCGCUAACACAGUGUCACAUGACCUGCAGGUAGACUCUUCAGGACUUCCCCCACCUAAUUCCGUUAUGGUGGCAGAGCCUCAGACUAUGAUGCAGGUGGUAAAUGGAAACCAGGAGGUGGUAAUGCAGAAUCAGCUGGAGGAGGGGCCGAUGGUACAGGAUGCAGAGUCGUAUGUAAACAAUCAGCAGAUCAGCCAGUACGAUGCACAAACCCUCCAGCAACCUUCAUACAACCAGUCUGCACUGGCACAAGGUGUAGGUUUCUCUAUCUCUGAGGGAUUUACCCAGCAUCCUCCUCUGACGUCAGUGCAGCAGCUGCAGGAUUCCAGCACUCUAGAAUCACAAGCUCUAAACUCCACAUACACACAGAGCUUAAUGAAUGUACACAGCACAGAGCCAGCUGGGUUAUUGCAGGGUUCAGGUCAGGCUGACCAUCAGGAUGAAGAAGAAAGCAGAAAGAGGAACUACAGGUGUCAGGUGUGUGAUAAAGGCUUUAAGAAGUCGAGUCACCUAAAGCAGCAUGUUCGCUCUCACACUGGAGAGAAACCCUACAGCUGUAACCUGUGUGGGCGGAGCUUCGUCUCCAGCGGCGUCCUUAAGUCUCACCUUAACACACACACAGGUGUAAAGGCAUUUAAGUGUAACGUCUGUAAUUCCUCGUUCACCACUAACGGUAGCUUGAAUCGUCACGUGGUCAUUCACCUUAACACCAAACCAUUCAGGUGUACUCUGUGUGCCGAAAGUUUCCGGACGGUCCCUCUGCGCCGCAAACACAUGAAGCUCUACCACACCAUUGGAACUCGAGUUCUGGGUGGAGAUGAAGCUGGUGAGGAUGAUGGUGGUACAGACCCCUUGUUGAAGAGAAGCAGGUUGUGCAUAAUCACAUUUUCGGAGGAGCAGGCAGCUGAGUUGGCUCAGAGCAACCCGGGCGCUGAAGCCUCUGUCUCUGAGAAGGUUCUUGUCCAGUCCGCAGCCGAGCGAGAUCGAAUAAGUGAGCUCAAAGAGAAAACGUCACUGGAGAUUGAACCCAAACAUGCUAAUUGCUGUCAGUUCUGCCCCAAGAGCUUUAAAAAACCCAGUGACCUUGUCAGACAUGUUCGUAUUCAUACAGGAGAGAAACCAUAUAAAUGUGAUGAAUGUGGCAAGAGUUUUACAGUAAAAUCAACACUGGACUGUCACGUCAAAACUCACUCGGGACAGAAGUUGUUUAAUUGCCACAUGUGCAGCACAUCGUUUUCCACUAAGGGCAGUUUAAAGGUGCACAUGCGCCUCCAUACUGGCUCCAAACCCUUCAAAUGUCCCCACUGUGACCAGCGCUUCCGCACCUCUGGUCACCGCAAAACACACAUGCAGGGACACCUGCGCCCGGGCAGAGACUGCAGGAAGCCCAGACGAAACCUGCAGAGCCAUCCAGCUACCCAGAACCCCACAGGGCAGACGGCCCCACCCACUGCUACAGAAACACUACCCCCUGUGGGUCUGUUGCAUAACACGGGUGCUGACCCGAACAUCUACAUCCACAGUAAUCCUGUGCUGACAAGUCAGUAUGAUCCAAACCUUCUGCAGCAAGGCAUUGUGGGUCAGACCAUCCUUCCUGCUACCAUGUCAGCGAGUGGGGAUUUAACAGUGAAUCUAGCUGAAGGUUUGGCCACGUUAGAGGGGAUUCAGCUGCUCUGUCCAAAUGUACAGAUAUCUGGCCUUGAUGCAGCGAACAUCAACAACAUCACUCUGCAGAUUGAUCCGUCUCUCUUGCAGAGUGGUGUGUUAAGUGUGGAUUCCAAUUUGCCCAGCCACACCAACACACACCUACUGACAAGUGACACCACAGGACAUACAAACGUAGUGAUUCAGAACACUGGUAUUAUCGGCAACCUUGAGCACACAGAGCAGUUGGCGCAGGUGGUUGGAGCAUCGGCACUGGUUGGCAGCAGCACUACAGGAACACCCGAGAUCACACUGACCAUCAGCAACACACACACACACACCACCAACACACUGACCAGCACUAACCCCGAGAUUACACUCACCAUAUCAGGUCAGGAUCUGAUGGCUCCACCUUGUGCAGGAGUAGAAGUGGGUGGGGCUUUGAGAUUGGCCACACCUCCCUCCAGCAGCAGCUGUCUGACUCUCAGUUCUGAUCAGCUCCUCCCUCACAGCCCCGCCCCCUCUGGCAUGGCUGUUACCAGGCUGACUCCAAGCACCUCUCUGCCACAAAACCUGGUAAUGCCACCUGGGGGGGUGGCCAGUGACAGUAGUGUUACACUUGCACUGGCGGAUACACAAAUUCUGGAUGCAGUCACACUAAACCUAAACACGCAGGGGCAGCAAUUUUCCUCUCCUGUGUGUGAGCAGGGAUCAUCAGUGCAGACAGCCAGCAGUCCACAGGUUAUACUGGUCAGACAUACACCAGCAAACACACCUGAAGGAAACAAGUAUCAGUGUUUUUUCUGCAGUUUGUGUUGCGGCUCUGCAACAGCGCUGCGGCGGCACUGCAGGACGACACAUGGGAAAGAGCGCUGUUACAUCUGCACUGUGUGUAAUAAAGCAUUCAAACGCCACACCCACCUCAAGGAACAUGAACAUGUGCAUGUAAAUGGACCAACUCUGAGCUCUCAGAAGCCGCGAGUGUUCAGAUGUUCCAGCUGUGAGAAAGCUUUCUCUAAACCCAGUCAGCUCGAGAGACAUGUUCGUACUCACACAGGUGAGAGGCCGUAUAAGUGUGAGCAGUGUGAGAAGGCGUUUAAUCAGAAGAGUGCGCUGCACAUUCACACAGUGAAACACACUGGAGAAAAACCCUACAAAUGUGAGGUGUGCAGCAUCAGCUUCACCCAAAAAAGCAACAUGAAACUACACAUGAAGAGGUCACACACUUACGCUAAACAAAUGGAGGCGGGUCUAGAUCAGGAAUGUGCUUCUGUGACGCAGGGAGCCUGCGGAGAUGAAUCUGCAGCAGGACUUGAAAUUGAUGCCACAGCACAGGAACCAGCAGGAGAGUGGCAGUGCCCAAUCACCGUCUUCCCCUGAACCCCAACACACACUCAUGAACACCCUACAGACACACCCUAAACACUACAGUUCCACCCUAAAAACUACACCAUACACCCUAAACCCUAUGCCAUACCCCAACUUUACCAACUUUUUUACCUUUAGCUCAUGUGUGUAGUUUAAAGUUCUUAAUACGAUCUAUCAGAUUUAAACAUGGAUUAGAUCAGAUGCGUCUCUAUAUUUAUGGUGUUUAAGAUUAGAAAACUCAUCAUACACCAUAAAAACUCCAAAGAAGUCACUGCAGAGUCUGAUCAGUACAGUCUGAGAGGAUUGAAGGUUUAUUCAUGUUUUUAAAGUUCUACAUUAAAUCUGCAGGUUUAUUAAUGACCGCACAAACGAGUGUAUUUAAUAUUAUUUAACUGAAUUAUAAAAACUUGUUCUUUUUUAAUCAGUGAUUAGUUGAGUGUAAAUAAUUUAUGAGCAUAUCUGAUACACUGAUUUAAUUAAAUAUUGAUUUAUUAGAUUUGCUGAUUUAUAAACUUCUGAUAUACCUUUUGUAAAAUAUUUAAGAAUAAAUUUUGCUUUUUCAGUAAUGGUGUGAUAUUUGGUUUGUAAUGAGACAGAAUAAAAGCUAAAAGGACUUUGCUGAAUUAUGUGAAUGUUAAAAUCUAACAUUUAAACCAAGUUAGAAACUAAAAUUAUUUUGGUUAAUGAGACUCAGCUAAGAGUUUGGGAGC